AUCUAUGAUUUCGAUUAAGCAUGCGCGUAUAUAUAAUAUGAACAGCAUCUUUUUGUGUUGAUCACAUUGGUUAAUGAUCAUGGAUCUUAAAUUAUUUAAUGCUAAAUAAUAUGUAUAUUUGUGUAUAAUUAUAAUUUAAUAUAUAAUAAUUUUCACUGAAAUUAAAAAUCCUAUUUUCAAUAAAAAAAUAAAUGAGUUAGUAAAUUAAAUUUUAUAAUACAAUUUCAAAUGUUUUUUUUAUACAAUUUCUCAAUUGUAUUAAUUUAUGUAAAAGGAUUAUAAAAUAUUUUAAUAUUAAAAUAUAUGUAAUAUUAUUACAUAUAUUCAAUAUAUGUAAUAUUUUUAAAACGAUUAAAAUCAAAAUUUUAAUUAAUAAUAAGAUAUAAUUUAAUUGAAAAUGAAAUAAUAUAUAAAAUAAUAACAAUGAACAAUCAAUGGAAAAAAUAUCUAUUUUGGUUUGCUCAAGAACAUAUUGAUUUUCGUAAAGCUGAAAUGGAAUCUAUUCUUAAUAUGUUUGGCAUGAAUAUGUAUAUCUAUCCUAAAUUGAAAGAACAUCCAUAUUGGAUAAUUAAUUUACCUUCAGAAAAUAUAGCAAACAAAAUUUCAAGCAGAGCAGUCUCUGUACGAUUUUGCAUGGAAUUAUGGGCUAAUAGUAAAACAAUUGAAGAUUUGCAUAGUAAGUUAAAAAAUUAUCCAAUAUCAGAAAUUAAUAAAUAUGCUGGACCACAUAAAUCUUUUAAAAUAAUAGUUGAAACAUUUUGCAAACAUUUUUCACAAAGUGAAAAAGUAAAAAAAAUUGAUUCUUUCAGUUAUUUACCAUUAGAGGGACCAGUAAGAUUAAAUAAUCCAGACACAACAUUAUGUUAUAUAGAAUUUUAUGGAUUAGAUCCUAAUAACAUUCCUGAAAAACCUUAUGAAUUAUUCUUUGGUAGAUGGAUUACAAGUGGACAAAGAAAUUUAAUUCGAAAAUUAUCUCUGAAAACAAGAAAAUUUAUUGGUAAUACAUCUAUGGAUCCUCAAUUAUCAUUAAUAAUGGCUAAUCAAGCUCAAGUUCAAAAAGGAGAUAUUGUUCUUGAUCCAUUUGUUGGUACUGGAUCUUUAUUAGUUGCUGCUUCACAUUUUGGGGGAUAUACUUUAGGAACAGAUAUAGAUUUUUUAAUGCUCCACGGUCGUACAAGGCCUAGUAGGAUAUCACAAAAAAUUCGAGGAAAAGAUGAAAAUAUUGCCACAAAUAUGAGUCAAUAUGGAAAAAGAUCAUAUUAUAUUGAUGUAGUUGUAUCAGAUUUUUCUUAUCCUUUAUGGCGUUCCGAUAUGUGUAUAGAUGCUAUAAUUACUGAUCCACCUUAUGGUAUAAGAGAAGCAACAGAAAGAAUAGGUACAACUAAAUUAAACCCAAUAAUAGAAGAACAUCAAGCUUCAUCUCAUAUACCAUCAAAAAUUGGUUAUGAUUUACCUCAAAUGUACAAAGAUUUAUUAACUUUUGCAGCUAAACAUCUUAAGUUAAAUGGUAGAUUAGUAUGUUGGUUUCCUUUAUUUAGAGAUCAAUAUUCAGAAGAUCAAUUACCAACACAUCCAUGUUUGGAAUUAAUAGCUAAUUCAGAACAAAUACUUAGUAAUUAUACUAGUCGCAGAUUAUUAACUUAUAAGAAAGUAAAAGAUCCAAAGGAAUCAGAUGAAAUAAUUUCUACUAAUUUAAUCGAUUUCCGAGAAAAAUAUUUUGCACUACGAAAUGAAAGUAGAAGAGAAAAACGAAUGAAGAAAGCUGUAGAAAAAGCAAAGAAACGAGAAAUUUGGGAACAGAAUAAUAAAGAAAAUCCAAAAAGAUGAUUAUAAUUAUUUUACGUGAACAAAUAUUUAUUUUCUUUUAAAUUCGUGAUUUAAAAUAUAAUUUUUUUAAAAUUAUUAUUUUUUCCACAAUUAUAUGUGCAAUUCAAAAUAUGAAACAUAACAUUCAGAAAUUUAUUACAGAUUUGAUGACAAAACAGACUUAAAAGUGCUAAUAAUACAAUUUUUAAUAUCUUUAAAUGAAAAUAUAUUGGAAAAGUGAUAAAUUUUUUUCAUUAAUUUAUGAUAAAAAUGUUUAAAAAUUAUUUUCUUAACUAAGUAUUUCAUUAUUUUGCAUAAUAACAUCUUAAUAUCCAAUUUAUUUGAUUCACUAAAGGAUUCAUUUAUCAAAGAAAAUUUAUAUCGAGCAAUAAAUAUAUAUAUAUGUGUAUAUAUAUAUAAAUUGAAGUAUAAGGAGUUACAUAUACAUUUACAUAUGUUACAGUACUUAUAAACAUGUACAUAUAUAUAAAUUUAUAUACCUAAAUUUCAAGUUGUAGUUGUCCUAAUAAUCCUUCUAAUGUUUUAAUAUUUUCAUCUGUAACUUUUGAUUGAUAUUGCUUUUCAAUUUGAUUAGCUGCCCAUUCACUUAAUUUUAUUGCAUCUUUUUUUUUAGAAGAAGGACAUUUGGGUGAUGUAGCAAUAUUAUUUGAUGCCUAUAAAUUCAAAAAUAAUGGAUAAAAAAUUUAAUACUAUAAUAUAUUUUUAGUGAAAUGUUUCUUCUUACCAACAAUAAACCAUAUAAAGCUCUAA